AUGCCCCUCCUAUCUAGUAGCCGCCGGCUACAAUCCGGCGCCGAGCGUAAUAGAGGCCGACCGAGCAUACAAUCAUCCUCUCGUAUCCAACAAGACAACGGUCCUGUCGAGCUGCCGGAUUAUGAGCCCCUCGCAUGCCCCCUCAGUGCCGAAGCUAUACGCGCCUUAACCCAAUUGUCGACGAACAAGGAUACGCGGAAGUACGAGGAACAACUAAACAAGAGCAUAGUGCUUCUGAGCGCCAGCGUGCGGGAUAUCAACGACAAAUAUGAAGAGAGGAAGGAGAGUCUCAAGAACCUCCAAGAAAAGCGAGCCGGUCGCGAGGAAAAGAAUGAUCGGGAGAGGGCUGAGGAGAAAGCCGUGUUGGCGCUGAAGAAUGACGUACCCACGUUGACAAACGAAUGUAACCUCGCCGUCCAGAGCGUUAUCGACUUGAAGAUAGAGCUCGAGGAUAGUAAUCUGGGGCUACGGAAGACGGCGCAGAAGGUCGAGGCUGAAGCUACGAAUGGGGCCCGAAGACAAAGACGCCGAGGCGACGACGAGGACGACGAGAUGGCAGAUGUUGAUAUAACUAGCCCGAUUGUAUUACUACAGCGAGCUAAGGAGGGGGCGGCCGAGGAAUACGCGUCGAAGACUCCCUAUGAGAAAUACGGUACAAACAACGAUUACAUCGCCUUUAAACGCAUCUGGCAUGACGCCAUUUACGGGAGAGGCAAUAAACCGUUACCAGAUGCAUCUAAAUGGUUUUCGCAGAACGGAGGAGAGGACGAGGCGAGUGAAGACGAGGAUCUGAUUGUUGCCGAGGAGCACCUUGACAUCCACUGUCCCCUGUCCAUGGUAGUCAUGAAGGAUCCGUAUACGAGCAUAAAGUGCAAGCACACGUUCGAGAAAGACUCAAUUAUCCAGUUUCUCCAAACCCAACGUGGGCGAGCACGAUGUCCACAGACAGGCUGUAAUAAGGAAGUAACAAUAUCUGAUUUCCAUCCCGAUCCGGUCAUGUUGCGCAAGAUUAAGCGACAAUUGGCCUCGCAGCGCGCGAGUAUGGUUGAUGAUGACGAUGACGAGGAUGAAGAUGGAGGCGAGGGUGAGGGUGAGGGUGAACAGGAUGUCGACGAUGAGGGCGAUUCGCAUAUGAAUGCAACUCCUGGACACAACGUCAAAUCGGAACGAGAAGGUCGGGGCAGAGGACAACAAUUAAUCGAUGACCUAAUACAGUAG